AUGGAUGGCAAUGGACACAUUAGUGGCUCACCCACUGAUGCUGGCUCUUCCCGAAGCUCCCACUCUCCUGCCCCGCUGCCUCCAUCUGCCUAUGAUGCCGACCCCAACGAGAAUCCACCCGCCGGCCCCAUCGUCGAGUCCAGCGCCAUAUCAGCCAAAUCCCUCUUUCAUGGGCAGAUGAAGCUAGGAAAAGUCGAUCCAGCAUCUGAAUCUCGCUCGGCGGGUCGCAAUCCGCCUGCUACACGCUCGUCAAGUCGAGCACCCAGGAGAUUUAGUGGAAGUACAGCCGCCAGUACAGCUGCCAGCUCAGUCAGCGAAUUAGAAACUGGUUCUGUUAAACCAUGGCGGAUUGGAGUUUGUGCGUUGGAUGUGAAAGCACGCAGCAAACCGAGCCAAAACAUUUUGACCCGUCUUCAAUCAAAAGGCGAAUUCGAAGUGAUCGUUUUCGGCGACAAGGUGAUUCUCGACGAAGCCGUUGAGAAUUGGCCUGUCUGUGAUUUCUUGAUCGCUUUCUUCUCCGAUGGAUUUCCUUUGGAUAAAGCCAUCGCGUAUGCACAACUUCGGAAGCCUUUCUGUGUCAAUGACCUGCCAAUGCAGAAGGUGCUGUGGGACCGGCGAUUAUGCCUGAGAAUCUUGGAUCACAUGGGUGUCCCAACCCCCAAAAGAAUGGAAGUGAACCGCGACGGUGGACCAGUGCUAGAAUCGCCGGAACUAGCACAGCACAUAUAUCGACUCACGGGGGUUAAGCUGAUGGGCCCGGAGAAUGGAAUUGGAGGCGGUGCCCCCAGAACCCAGCAUGUGUCGAUGUCCGAGGAUGGGGAGGCUUUGAUAGUGGACGGGAAAGUGUUCAGAAAGCCGUUUGUUGAAAAGCCGGUCAAUGGUGAGGAUCACAACAUCCACAUCUACUUCCCCAACGAUCAACAAUACGAAGGUGGUGGACGAAAGCUUUUUCGAAAGGUCGGGAACAAAAGCUCGGAAUACGAUAGCAGUCUUUCUAUUCCAAGGUCGGUUACUGAGAACGACACGAGCUAUCUGUAUGAACAAUUCCUCCGAGUCGACAACGCCGAGGAUGUCAAAGCAUACACCGUCGGACCGGAUUUCUGCCACGCGGAGACGCGCAAGUCUCCUGUGGUCGACGGGCUAGUCCGACGCAAUACCCAUGGGAAGGAACUCCGAUAUAUCACGAAAUUAAGCAAGGAGGAGGCUGCGAUUGCGUCCAAGAUCUCGAAUGGAUUUGGCCAGAGAAUCUGUGGCUUCGACAUGCUCCGUGUCGGGGAAAAAAGCUACGUGAUUGACGUCAAUGGCUGGAGUUUCGUCAAAGACAACAACGAUUACUACGACAAAAGCGCACGCAUCCUCCGGGAUACUUUCUUGAAUGAAAGGCGCAAGUGCGAAGGACCGUUCGAGCCCUCAGAGCCGCCAUCACCAGACGUGGGACCGUCCAGAAGAAGCACGGCCGGGUCUCAUCGACAGGCUUUGAAAACACUGCUGAAAUCCCCUAGCACCUCUCGGCUCUACGGUAACCAAAAUCCUCACAAAACCCAUGAAAAUGCUCCCUCGGACACUUCCACCGGUGCCCCCUCGCUGGCCUCUUCAUCGGGAUUGGAAGGUCCUGAACAUGGUGCCAACCUCAGCAGCUUGAAUUCCCGAGAAGGGCACACCAAUUCUCGCAGUUAUAGUCCUUCGAACCAAAAGUCACCAGCUCUUUCAUUGCACUAUGGCAGCGAAGCAGCGCCUCCGCCGCUUCCCGCUUCCAAACACUCCUGGAAGUUGAAGGGAAUGGUAGCAGUUAUUCGGCACGCAGACCGCACUCCGAAGCAGAAGUUUAAAUUCACAUUUCACAGUCAGCCGUUCGUGGACCUAUUGAAGGGACACCAAGAGGAAGUGGUCAUCAAAGGAGAAGCUGCACUGUCGAGCGUUUCGGAUGCCGUGAAGCUGGCCAUGGAGCAAGAAUUGGAGGACAUGGAAAAGCUCAAGUUGCUUCGCACCUCUUUGGAAAAGAAGGGCGAUUGGCCUGGGACAAAAGUGCAGAUCAAGCCUAUGUUUCGGAGGCGGAAGCCGGAAGAGGCGCGGGAGCAGAUCCCAUCUACCGUUCCCAUUUCGUCGGGGGAGAAAGCCUCAGAAGAGCCUCUCUCGCCUGCUCUCAGCGAGGCUGCUCUGGAACACGAGGACUUGCGCCGGUCACAGACCCGGAGCGACUCUCUCUCUGGUGCAACAUUUUCUCGGUUCUCUGCCGUUGAGAACGACCUUAUCCUGGAUAAGCUCCAGCUUGUGAUCAAGUGGGGAGGGGAGCCAACUCAUGCUGCACGCUAUCAAUCGCAAGAUCUCGGGUUGAAUAUGCGCGACGACCUGAAAUUGAUGAACAAGGAGGCACUCAACAAUGUCCGUCUCUUUACCAGCUCGGAGCGAAGAGUCAGUACCAGUGCUCAAAUCUGGGCCUCCUCAUUCCUUGACCAGAAAGAUGUCCCAGAAGACUUUAUCCGGGUGCGUAAGGAUCUUCUGGACGACUCGAAUGCUGCCAAGGACGUCAUGGACAAAGUGAAGAAAAAGUUGAAAUUACUUCUGCGAGAGGGAUCCGCGCCCUCGCAAUUUGCAUGGCCUAAAGAUAGCAACAUACCAGAGCCUUCUGUCGUGCUUGCCACGUUGGUCGAACUCAUGAAAUUCCACCGGAGUGUCAUGCGACAUAACUUUGACAAACUUGAUGAUGCAUCGGAUGCCUCCUCGCUCUCAUCCAAGACCAUGGAAGAUUCAAGCCAGCCAAACCCGUUUGACACACAGUCUGACCGUCCAAAUGUAUCUGACAUCCAGGGUCGCUGGUGCGCCGGUGAAGAUCCUCGGCUGUUCAAGGAGCGAUGGGAGAAGCUCUUUGCGGAGUUUUGUGACACAGAGAAGGUCGACCCCAGCAAAUUUUCGGAACUUUACGACAGCAUGAAAUUCGAUGCGCUUCAUAAUCGACAAUUCCUGGAAUGGGUUUUCAUGCCUCCAGAUUGUGAUCAGGAUGAUGAUGAAAAGGGCAGUUCAAAGGGCAGGGUUACCACGAAGUCUGAUGCGAGUGUGGAGAGUGGUGAAUCCGGACACGACGCGGCAACCGACAAGGCUGAGGAACGCACCGACAACUCAACAUUUGCUCACCGAUUUGGGCUGAAAAAGCGCAUCCAUGCCCUAGAGUCGCUGCCGCAUCUCCGAGCACUCGACGACUCCUACGAUCAUUACUUCAAACUCUACCCGGGGUCCAGCUCCACAAAGUGCAAGAUGGAUGAGCGACUUUCGAAGCUCCGGGAACUAUACAAGUUGGCCAAAGUCCUGUUUGACUACGUGACUCCGCAAGAAUACGGCAUCACUGAUAGCGAGAAGUUGGAGAUUGGUCUCCUGACGUCUCUCCCCCUACUUCAGGAGAUUGUCCGUGAUCUGGAGGAGGUGCAAGCUUCUCAAGAUGCGAAAUCCUUCUUCUACUUCACCAAAGAGUCCCACAUUUAUACGCUUCUGAACUGUAUCCUGGAGGGUGGGAUUCAAACGAAGAUUGCUAGAAGCGCUAUUCCCGAGCUGGACUACCUUUCUCAAAUCUGUUUCGAACUCUACGAAGCUCGCGACAGUGAGUCGGCGGUCAAUUCCUACUCGAUCCGCAUUUCCAUCAGUCCGGGCUGCCAUGCUUUCGAUCCCCUUGACGUGCAACUCGAUUCCCGGCACGCCAUCGGCUGCGCGCCACGGAGAAGUUUGACUGCUCAUCAGGAUUGGAAAGAGGUGAUUGAAACUCUCAAGGCCAAAUUCGACACGGUCAAACUUCCCAAGUCGUUCAUUGCGGUUAAUCUUAGUGAUAAACAUGUCUCGCAGUCGGAGGAAGACCCGUCUAGUGCGAUGUAG